AUGAAGGUCAAGUUACAGGGUUACGGAUCAACCGCCACUUCCCUCAUUGAAGACAAACUCACAUUUCCCAUUGCUGACUCUGAGGGUUAUCCGGUCUCCCUUGCCAACAAGGCAGGGGUUUACGGCUUCGGUGUAGUUAUAUCAAAGGUUGAGGAGAAGGAUGACAGUUCAGUGACCUCUACUUUCAAUAAUUUAUUAGUUAAGAUUCGACACACCGACUACGACGUUCAGACGCGUAACUCUGUCAGCUUUAUUGUCCAGUACAAAAUUGCUGGUAACCGUAACUUGGCCAAAACUUUUGGCUUGUUCCAGGUCGGCCGCGAGGUUCUCAUUUCUGGGUACAUCGCUGGGUAUAACAUUGAUCAACAUAUGCUUCAGGUCAAUGCGCUGUCCGUCUCUUUGUCUUCCGCUUCCUCCUCCUCCACCGCCGCGAACGCUCCGGAACCAGGUAUCGUGGCCGGCAAAGGUCGCCGACCCAUUCAGAUUGACUUUGGCAGCGACAAGGAAAAAGCCACAGAUCACAUUCCAGUUCCUGUAGGAACACACACUGCGGUUCCAACGGUUCCUAAAGACGACGACCCAACGGUCCUUCAAAUAGACACCACCUCGCCCACAGAAACACCACAAGCGCCACAAAAGAAGCGCAAAUACACCAAGCGAAGUAUUCAGCCGACCUCGGAUGAAGUACCAACCGCUGUUCCACAAUCCUCUAUGGUGUAA